UCAAAGUUUGAAUAGAAUUCUGAGAGCCCUCAUUUUGAAAUUUCAUUCCUUUUGUCUUCGUUUCCUUUCCAAGACUCUUCCAUUUCUCUCUCUCUCUCUCUCUCUCUCUCUCUCUCUCUCUCAUCGCCCCCAUCUUCAAGAUCUGUCUGCAACUGAUCUUGAAUCUUUAAUCGUAGUAAUGGCUCCAACGCCUUCUUCUUCCAAAUCCAAUCACAGCCACACAUCUCUGAUGAAGACCCCACAAUCCAAGCAGCGUCUCCAGUUCUUGAAAGCACACCCAUCUCCAAACCCUAACUCUGCCGCAAAAGAACCACCCGCAGAGCACCCAGUUGAAGUCCUAGCCCGAAUCCGAGAUUACCCAGAUCGAAAAGAACCACAACCAACAUCGGUUCUUCAGAUCAAUCCUCAAAAGCAGAGUAUUCGUGUCCGUGCUGAUUUUGGGUACCGAGAUUUCGCUCUCGACGGGGUUUCUUUAUCGGAAGAAGACGAUUUGGGGUCGUUUUACAGCAAGUUUGUUCAGUCCAGGAUUGACAGUGUGAAAUUGGGUGAAAAAUGUACAAUAAUGAUGUACGGUCCUACUGGUUCAGGCAAGAGUCACACCAUGUUUGGGUGUUGCAAGCAACCUGGGAUUGUGUACAGGUCGCUGAAAGACAUUCUUGGCGAUGGUGGAGAAGAUGAUUGUGCGGGUUCUAUGGCUGGGGCCUUUGUGCAGGUCACUGUUUUGGAGAUAUAUAAUGAGGAGAUUUAUGAUUUGUUGUCAAGCAAUGGUGGCGGAGGAUUCGGCUUUGGAUGGUCAAAGGGCAACGGCUCCAAUUCUAAGGUUAGGCUUGAAGUGAUGGGAAAGAAGGCAAAGAAUGCAACCUACAUUUCUGGAAAUGAGGCUGGGAAAAUUUCCAAAGAGAUUCAGAAAGUAGAGAAGAGAAGGAUUGUUAAGAGUACUCUUUGCAAUGAAAGAAGUUCUCGGAGCCAUUGCAUGAUAAUCCUUGAUGUCCCAACCGUAGGAGGACGCUUGAUGCUUGUGGACAUGGCUGGCUCUGAAAAUAUUGAGCAAGCUGGCCAAAUUGGAUUUGAGGCAAAAAUGCAGACUGCAAAGAUCAACCAAGGAAACAUUGCUCUCAAAAGAGUGGUUGAAUCCAUUGCCAAUGGUGAUUCUCAUGUGCCUUUCAGAGACAGCAAACUGACCAUGCUUCUACAGGAUUCUUUCGAAGAUGAUAAAACAAAAAUUUUAAUGGUACUGUGUGCAAGCCCAGACCCAAAGGAAAUACACAAGACAAUCUCCACCCUUGAAUAUGGUGCAAAAGCAAAAUGUAUUGUCCGUGGCCCUCAUACGCCAAUCAAGGAUAAAAUUGGGACUGAAGAUUCAUCUGCUGUUAUUUUAGGAUCAAGGAUUGCUGCCAUGGAUGAAUUCAUCCUUAAACUGCAAAGGGAAAAUAAGCUCAAAGAGAAAGAGCGAAAUGAAGCACACAGGGAGUUACAGAAGAAAGAAGAAGAGGUUGCUGCACUGAGAGCUAAACUUGAGCUUAUGGAAGGGACAGGAUCUGGGAAAAAGGAGGAAGAAAUCAACUUGAAGGUGACUGAAGUGGCCCAGACUCUGAAACUUGAGUUGGAAAAGAAGUUGGAGGAAUGCCAGCGUAUGGCAAAUGAGUUUGUUGAAUUGGAGAGGAGGAGAAUGGAAGAAAGGAUAUUGCAGCAGCAGCAGGAAGUUGAAAUGCUGAGGCGGCGGUUGGAGGAAAUUGAGCUUGAGCUAUGCCGCUCAGGUGAUGGAAAUGGUAAGGAGAGUGGGACAAAGGACCAUGAUGGAACCCAGUUUGCCAAAAGGUUGUUAGGGAUCUAUGCCAGUGAUGAUGCAGGAGGAAUGGUAAAGUCAAUGGAUUUGGACAUGGAUGAUCAAGAACCUUUUGCUCGUGAGGUGAAAUAUGUAGGUGGGGUUGCUUAUCAAUCUGACAGCAGUAUUGUAAAUGCAGUAAACAUUGAUUCUUUUGAACCAAAAUAUGCUGAUAGGGUAUGCCUUAGCACUGUUUUUGAGGAAGAAGAAAUGGAAGAAGAGGAAGGACUUAAGGAAAAUGUGGAAGCUGAAGAAGUGGAGAAAGAAGUUAUAGAGGAAAAGAGAGUGUGCAUGGUUGAUGGGUCUAGCCUCCAGAGUAAUUGUAAUAUGGGAUCCCUGACAUCUUUACCUAAGGAUUAUCAACAUACACCAACUGUGAAUCGGCCAAGCAGAAAUCCAGGGGAAGAUGAUUGCAAGGGGGGACCAGAUGAUAGGCUUGUCAGGAUCCGCAACAUAUUUACACUCUGUGGAAACUACAGAGAGCUCUCUCAACAUGUGACAAGUCCAGCACCUAGUGUUGCAUCAGUUAAAUCAGAAAAUGAGCAGAAACUGACAGAACAGAUAAACAAAAGUCGAGUAUGUGAUGAGAUGGCAUUGGCUUCCAAGGAGAACUACAACCCUUCAGAUGUGGUCACUGAUGCAGAUACUGAAGUGUAUGUGAAAUGGGAGGCUUCAAAAGAGAAUCCAGGGAAGUUCAUUACAACACUUAAGGUUGUAAAAGAUGCAAGCCUUGCUGACCUGCGAAAGUUGAUUGAAAUUUAUCUUGGUGCAGACAAUCAAGCAUUCACUUUUCUCAUGCUUGGGGACCCCACUGGAGCUUCAGUACCAAAGGAGAAGGAAGCAACAAUUCAGGCCACUAAGCUUCCUCUAUGCAACAAUAUAUCAAAUGGCUACCUUGCUAGCUUGAGACCACUGAAGGGAAUGCAAAGCCCAAGUCAGCUCCCUUUAAGUCCUCUCCCAUUAAAAUCACUGGAAAAUAGACUACCACUCACCCCAAGUUCCUGCUUCUCUGUCCAGGGUGAUUGUAUGACACCCAAAGUAGCACCAAACUUAGGUUCUACUCCUUAUAUUACUGUCAGGAGACAUUAGUGGUUCUGAUUGUGUUGGUUGUAAGAAGUGCACUUAGACACUGCAACUUAUGUAAUGAAAACUCCUGUGUCAUACUCAGACAGUGCAACUUUAAACCCUAUUUUGGUUGUUUAACACCCAAAAGUAGGAUCAAACUUGUGUAUUGAAGUUUCUUUUGAUUGUGCCUCA